GUGGGGUGGCGUGGAGGGGUUUGGCUGGAUGAGCGGUUCAAGUCGGAGCGGAGGGCACAGCGGGUGGAGAACGUUUCAAUGAGAAGCUCUGACACGGGCAGCAUGUGAGGGCCCGUCCGCCAGCCUUUUGGUCGGGAUUCCUCAGCAGACGGUCCGAGGCUGCAGAACUAAUUCCUGAUUAAGCCUCAAAGUUCAAUUCGCCUAACUAUGGAUCAAGACUAUGAACGACGACUUUUACGACAAAUUAAUGUUCAGAAUGAAAACAUGGUCCCUUGUAUAUCAGAAGUUAGAAGAACAUUAACACCUUCGAAUUCACCAGUGUCAUCACCAAGUAAAAGUGGAGACCGGUUUAUUCCUUCAAGAGCAGCAGCAAACUGGAGCAUAAACUUUCAUAGAAUUAAUGAAAAUGAAAAGUCACCCAGUCAAAACAGAAAAGCAAAGGAUGCAACCUCCGACAAUGGCAAAGAUGGACUUGCUUAUUCUGCAUUACUUAAAAAUGAGCUGCUUGGAGCAGGCAUUGAAAAAGUUCAAGACCCUCAAACCGAAGAUAGAAGAUUACAGCCUUCAACGCCUGAAAAAAAAAGUUUAUUCAAGUAUUCACUCAGCACUAAGCGUGCAAGCCCUGAUGAUGGAAAUGACAUUUCACCUUACUCCUUAUCCCCUGUUAGCAAUAAAAGCCAAAAAUUGUUGCGGUCACCAAGAAAGCCUACUCGCAAAAUCUCGAAGAUUCCAUUUAAAGUACUUGAUGCACCUGAACUUCAGGACGACUUUUACUUAAACCUAGUGGACUGGUCUUCUCUAAAUGUAUUAAGUGUUGGACUUGGCACUUGUGUGUAUCUUUGGAGUGCUUGUACUAGCCAGGUGAUCAGACUGUGUGACCUUUCUAUAGAUGGAGAUUCUGUUACAUCGGUUGGCUGGUCAGAAAGAGGAAAUUUGGUAGCAGUUGGGACACACAAAGGAUAUGUUCAGAUCUGGGAUACAGCUGCUGGGAAGAAAUUAUCCACACUUGAAGGGCACUCUGCUAGAGUGGGGGCUCUUGCAUGGAAUGCUGAUCAGCUGUCAUCAGGAAGUAGAGACCGUCUUAUUCUUCAGAGAGAUAUCCGUACCCCACCAUUGCAAUCAGAGCGACGACUUCAAGGUCACAGACAGGAAGUUUGUGGUUUGAAAUGGUCGACAGAUCACCAGCUUCUGGCCUCUGGCGGAAAUGAUAACAAGCUUCUGGUGUGGAACAACUCCAGUUCAGGACCAGUACAGCAGUAUACAGAGCAUCUUGCAGCAGUGAAAGCUAUUGCCUGGUCCCCCCAUCAGCAUGGCCUCCUUGCAUCAGGUGGUGGAACUGCUGACCGGUGCAUCCGUUUCUGGAAUACUCUUACAUCUCAACCUUUACAGUGCAUUGAUACGGGUUCCCAGGUGUGCAACCUUGCUUGGUCCAAACAUGCAAAUGAACUAGUGAGUACUCAUGGAUAUUCACAAAAUCAAAUCCUAGUGUGGAAGUAUCCAUCAUUAACACAAGUAGCCAAACUGACUGGACAUUCAUACAGAGUGCUAUACUUGGCAAUGUCACCAGAUGGAGAAGCCAUAGUAACUGGAGCUGGAGACGAAACACUCCGAUUCUGGAAUGUUUUUAGUAAAACUCGUUCAACUAAGGAAUCCAUAUCUGUGCUGAAUCUCUUUACAAGGAUACGAUGAUGAUUGAGGAAAUAGUGCAUUAAAUAGGGAACAUGGCAAUUAUCCCAUAAAUAUACAAGAAACUUUCAUCAUGCUGGUACUGAUUUUUUUUUCAUUUGGAUGGACCUUAGAAAGAAGACACUUUGAAGGAUUUUGCUGCUCAUUCCAAACAGCUUGAAUUUUUAAAAGUAUGUUUUCAAUUAUGUUUGUUUACAAAGAAUUGUUUGAAAAGAUUGCCAAAGGUUUUGAAUUAAGGUCUAGUUAAGUGCAGAUGUUCUAAUUUUCUUGUACAGUUCAUAUAAAAAGCCAGCUUCUUUACACUGUCAGAUAAAAAUGGAAAUGUCAAGAGAUAUGUGAAGCACGUUUUAUUUAGUGCUACCUGUAAAUAUUUUUCCGUUCGUAUUGGAAAAUGUACAUUGAAUAUAAAGCUCUAGAAAUGCAGUGAGAAUGCUAAACAAAGCUUGAUUAUGGAGUUAAGCAUAAUGUUUUAAAAAAACCUGAAUAACAGGCUUUCCUGUGUGCCUAUAUAUAUAUUUUGUAACUGUAUUACGAAGAUUUUCAAAAUAUUAAGCAGGAAGAUUACUUCCAUUAAGUAUUUUGUUGUUAAACAGUCUGGCUUCAGUAGGUUAACAUCAUGUUGAACUGCACAAAAUAGUAGUCUUAUUUUAAUUAAAAUUAUGAAUUGGCUAAAAUUCUAAUACUAGAUAUAAAAAUCCAAUGAAGCAUGAACCUCAAAUUGUAUUGGAGAGAUUAAAAUAUCUUGCUGCUUAUAAUGUUGAAAAUGCUUUUCUUUCUACCUGUACAAAUAUGGAUGGAAAAAGCACUUGAAUUUUUUAACCUUUUAGCGGCGACCAUUACUAAGACUGUUAUUUUUUGUACACCUGUUUCUGUUACUUUAUGCCAUCUGUGGUCUUUUGUUGAGCUGUAAAACUGCUUUGUGUUCUGUAAUAGUGAGUGUGUGCCUUUUCAAGUUGUUUGUAUUUGUGAAUGAACAUUCUGACGCCCAUCUGAAGUGAGUAAAGCUGUUGAAAAUGGUAAAAUGGUGUUGCGCAACGUGACUUGAAAUCUAAUAUUUGCACCUAGGAUAAUACACUGAGGUCUGCAAGUUUGCUAUGUAAAAGUAUUUUAGUACAUUUCAAAACUGGAAUUGCACAGUGAUCCUGCAAGUCAUGUGUUGUAACUAAAACUAGGAAACUCCAAAUAUAUUCACCAAAUAUUAAGGAAUAGUUUCACAAGAAUCUUUAUAUAAUACUUCAUUCAGGUCCUUUAUAAAAAUUCAUGACCUUUGCAUUAAUUAUGAAUUGGAAACUUAGAUGGGCCCUGCAGUGGAACCUUUUCAUCAUUUUCCUUGCUUUUUCAGGUUACACUAAGAGAAGACUAUGUUUUAGAGUGAGUAAUAGAAAAUGUGUCUACCUCCUGUGUUCAAAUCUACCUUUGACAGCAUAAAACAUGUCCACUUUGAUUUGAGACAUCUAAAUGUGUGGGUAUUGAUUUUGUUUCCAGUGGUCAUGCCUGUGCAGAUUAAAAUCGUUUAUAAUUUAGAAAACUUCUGGAAAGCACUUGCAGUUUAUCAGAAUAGAUGGUACAUUAGAUUGAUGAAAUGCUUCUCGGUUUGGAUUUCCACCUGUUUCAGGCAAUGUAGAGGGAACAUUACAUUACAUCUGACUUCUGAACCCUUAGAGCUGUUCAUGGACAUAAAGAUGAAUAAUGUUCCCUACCCUCUCCUUCUCUUUCAUUGUUAUUUUCCUUAUUUCUCUUGAAAAGACAGCUCCUCUAAUUAAUAAAACAGGAUCAAAACUUAACAAUAAAUGUCUGUCAUCUGUCAAGAUGAAGUCACUACACUAUAACCAAUACCAGGUAACAGUGAAAUUUUCCAGGUCAAAAUGAGAAAUACAGUUUAAAAUGGGAUGAUUACUUAACAACAACAUUGCAGGAUUUCAGUGCUGCAUGGUUGUCUCAUCUUAAAGCAUAGUGUCUCCUGGCUGGCAUGCUGAAUUUACAACAGUACAUAAAACUGUUGUAAAUGUAUGGUGUAUAAUGAGAACUGAGCAGUUUGUGUGCUAUAUAUGAUAAAUGCUUUACAACUCUGUUAGUACUGCCCUUGCCGACUAAGUAGAAUCCCAAUAUAUACCUGUUUGCUAUUUGCCAAAUUAAUUUCUGUGCAGAAUAUCCAAGAGUUAAUGACAAGUUAUGUAUUCAAAUAUUUGUAUUCAUUUAUGAGGUUUUACAAAAAGAUGUUUAACGUAUUGGAUAGUAGUAUAUAGUUAUGAUAAAAGUUAUUCAGCUAUUUAAAAACAAAACCUAAGAGGCAUUAAACAUAAAGAAGACCUUUCA